CUGACGUGGACUCUGGAGCUGUCAUGGCGGCGCCCAUACUCCGCCGGGGCUUCCCUGGAGGACGUUGGGCUUUAGUGUGGAUUCAUGGCGGUUGCCGCCACCGAAAUGGGGCUCCGACUGGGCCCACGCUCGGAUCUACGAGGGGGCGGAGUUCCGUGGCACAGCAGUCCCUCCAGACGGCCCAGAAACCGAGGAAAGGUGAACACAAAUGGGAAACUGUAGUAGGACUGGAAGUUCAUGCCCAGAUUUCCUCCAAUUCUAAACUCUUCUCUGGAUCCAAAGUCUGCUUUGCAGCCCCUCCAAAUUCUUUGGUGUCUUUUUUUGAUGCAUCCCUGCCUGGAACUUUGCCAGUUCUCAACAGGAGGUGUGUAGAAGCCGCAGUGAUGACAGGCCUGGCCCUGAACUGCCGCAUCAACAAGAAGUCCUUGUUUGACCGGAAGCACUACUUCUACGCAGACCUUCCUGCUGGCUACCAGAUUACCCAGCAGCGGCUCCCGAUCGCUGCUCAGGGGAGCUUGAAGUACAGCAUCUGCACGGGACAGAGGCGAAGUCAGAUGGUCACCAAGACGGUGAGGAUCAAGCAGAUCCAGCUGGAACAAGACAGCGGCAAGAGCCUCCACGAUGACCUGAGGUGCCAGACACUCGUCGAUCUGAACAGGGCAGGAGUCGGCCUUCUGGAAGUGGUCCUGGAGCCCGACUUGUGCUGUGGAGAAGAGGCAGCCACAGUCGUCAGGGAGCUGCAGCUAAUCCUCCAAGCCCUGGGAGCCAGCCAAGCGAACAUGGCAGAGGGCCAGCUGCGAGUGGACGCCAACAUAUCUGUGCAUCACCCCGGGGAGCCCCUGGGCGUCCGGACUGAAGUAAAGAAUCUUAACAGCAUUAGGUUCUUGGCUAAAGCCAUAGACUAUGAAAUUCAGAGACAAAUCAGUGAACUUGAGAAUGGAGGUGAAAUUCUGAAUGAAACUCGCUCAUUUGAUCACAAGCUGGGGUGCACUGUGCCAAUGAGAGACAAGGAAGGAGAACAAGACUACAGGUUUAUGCCAGAGCCCAAUCUGCCUCCCCUGGUGCUCUAUGACACCUCGUGUCUGCCUGCCGGUGCAGACCCUCAGCAAGUAAUCAACAUAGACCGGAUCCGGGACUCACUGCCAGAGCUCCCCAGUGUGACCCGAGACCGGCUCGUGGGGGAGUAUGGGAUGCUGCCUGAGCACAGCUUUGUGUUGUUGAAUGAAGUUGGCCUACUGGAAUUCUUCCAAAAUGUGAUGAAAGAAACUAGGGCAGAACCCAAAAAGGUGACCAACUGGGUCCUGAACACCUUCCUGGGCUAUUUAAAACAACAGAACCUCGCUGUGAGUGAGAGUCCUGUCACACCCUCUGCACUAGCUGAGCUUCUCAACCUGCUGGACAGAAAAGUAAUUUCUUCGUCAGCAGCCAAACAGGUGUUUGGGGAGCUGUGCAAGGCUGAGGGGAAGACAGCAACACAGAUUGUCUCUGAGCAGAGGCUGGAACUGAUGCAGGAUCGAGAGGAGCUGGAGCGGCUCUGCCACGCCACCAUGGACGAACACCCCCAAGUGGUCAUGGACAUGAAGGGGGGAAACCCCAGAGCUAUAAAUAAGCUGAUCGGCUUGGUCCGGAGAGCAAGCCUAAGCAGGGCGGACCCGACUGUGAUCAAGGAAAUACUGGAGAGGAAGCUGUCGCCGUGAGCUGCGUGGGCUCCUCUGUCUGGCCCGGCAAACAGGAGCCCGGGAGGGAUGAUGGGUGACGUACAAGUGGUGCCUCCAGGAGGCGGAGCUGUCCGCAGGCGUGUGCCUGGCCUGUACGAGCCUGGGCCCUGAGGAGUGGUCUCCAUGAAGACCAGGAGCCAUCUCAGCUGCCUCAGUGACCCAGCCGUGACGGGGGCAGCGGUGGCCGGGAGGGAACUAGUACAUCCCACUGUGAAGUAAUUCUAGAAGGAAUAAAGUGUGUUUCCAAUACUGUGA